UCAACAAACUUUCAGAAUUGUUUAGGAUGAUUUCAUUAUCACAUAGCAUUGGCAAAGAAUGUCUGCAGUUACUCUGAGCCUCAUUCAUCCUAAUUACAAAACUGAAAUAGAUGAUGAAUAACUGUCCAAAAUAACAUGUGCAUACCUGAUGAUGCCUGUAGAUGCACAAGUGAGUGAAAACAGAUGUGAAAUCUCAACAUGAACUAACGGAACUUUCACUUCGUGUGUCUUUAUCUAGGCUAUGUGUGCCUAAGUGAUACAUUGCCUGUGGUAAAGAUAGUUGUGUUUAUUUUAAUCAUGUGAGUCACAUAUCCAUAUCCAGUGUACACACGUUUCUCUGUCCUAGGAUGAACAUAAUUGUACGGGAAAGUCCGCUUUCUUUAUCUCACUGUUAUGCAUCUGCUGCUGUAAUUAAUUUAGGAGGAUCAGCAUGUAGUCACAGGACACAGCAAGGAGGAGAGGACAGAGACAGAGGAAAAUUACUGUAAUGCUGCUUUGUGGCCACCAGAUGUUGACUGCUCCACUCCAAGUAAAUUAGGCAACUCCAAACACUUACGUGCAGCAAAAAUCAGUAGUCAGCGACUAGAUCUUCUCACAUACUCAGCAUCACCGCCAGCAGGCAGAGUGUGUAUUGUCCACAGGCAGAGCUUCUGUGGUUAGAGUGUAGUGAUAGCCUGUUUGAUUGCAGGAGUUUCACACUAAUUCCCUCGUAGCUCAUACCAGCUUGGUUCAGCCUGUUCCCACCCACAGCCUUGAUCUUGAUCUUGACCAGCCGUUGCUAUGAAUGUCUUCUCCUCCUUCACGUCCUCCUCCUCCUGCCCCCAAUUGUACCACUUACCCAGUUACCCCAGCAACGCCACCAUUUCAAAUGCCACCGCUACAGCCACUGGAAUCAGCAAUGUGAUCUUGCGCCAUUACAACCACACUGGCCGCCUGCAGAACAGGACCAUCUCAAACACCCAGAACCACAUCAGUGUCACCAUGGCGGUCUUCCUCUUCUUCAGUGUUUUCAUCAUCCUGGAGAAUUUCCUGAUGUUGGUGGCCGUCAUCUCCCGCAUCUGCCACAGCCGGCGCUGGGUUUACGUCUGCAUCGCCAACAUCACACUCAGUGACCUCCUAACCGGCACUGCCUACCUGGUCAACAUCUGUAUGUCUGGCAACCAGACGUUCCGCCUCAGCCCCGCACUUUGGCUGUUCAGAGAGGGCCUGCUGUUUGUAGCUCUGGCAGCAUCCAUAUUCAGUUUAUUGCUAAUUGCUGUAGAGCGUUACACCACUAUGAUGAAGCCACUGAACCAGAAAUCAUCCAGUAAGUCCUACUAUAGGAUCUAUGGCUUGGUGGUACUCUGCUGGGUUUUUGCGCUGGUGAUUGGCUUCCUCCCAUUGCUGGGCUGGAACUGUGUGUGCAGCUUGGAUGGGUGCUCCACCCUCCUCCCUCUUUACUCCAAAACCUACAUCUUUUUCUCUCUUAUCAUCUUCUUCCUCAUCCUCUUGGCUAUCGCCGUGCUCUAUGGUGCCAUCUACUGCCAUGUACACCAGAGUGCACAGCUGGCCCCCAAGCGCAGUCGUAAGCGCUCUUUGGCUCUGCUUAAAACUGUGAUCACCAUUGUUGGGGUCUUUAUGCUUUGCUGGGGGCCAUUAUUCCUGCUGCUACUGGUGGAUUUUUUCUGCGUCUCCCGCCAGUGUGCACUGCUGUUCAGCGCAGAUUUUUUCAUCACCCUGGCAGUCUUAAACUCUGGCCUGAACCCCAUCAUCUACGCCCUGGGCAGCAGUGAUAUGAGGAAGGCUUUCGCUGAGCUCCUGUGUUGCUGCUGCGUGAAGGCCGGCCUCUGUAACCCAGACAUAUUCACAUCGAAGGAUACCAGCAGCACCUCCGAGAGCAGGCGCGACAGUCUAAGAAACAGUUUUAACAAGGUCAGGAAUCUGAGUGUGGCCUCCCCGCCAUCAACCCCAGGCAAAACUCACAAGGCAAAUAGAAAAUCUAGGCUGAGCUCCACCACCACCUGCCUGUCAGUUUCAAGUGGUUAGACCACAACCUGCACCCCACCCAAGUAAACAGGACCUGUGUGCAGUGAUACACAUCUAACCGUUUCCUCUGAGUUUUGUUUUGAAUGUUCAACGGCUUGCCAUCAGACACUUGCACUGAUGAUUAGACACUGUCCGAAAACCCCAAAGAUAUGAAUUUAUCUUUAAGUUUUCCAUUUUGUCACAAAUUGCAAGAUUUUUUUUUUUUGACAUUCCUCCUCUAUAUGCCUUUUAUGCACUUAUUGUAUUGCUCUGUUGUUGCACUGUACUUAUAACUAUUAAACAGCCAAAUGUAGUCAAAAAAUAUUUUUAUUGUAUGUUUAUAUUACAUGUAUGUAACAAUUGCCACAGAAAUGUAGCCUAUAACCUGCAGAAAAUUGAAGAUAUAUAUAUGUAUGAGUAUUGCAUUAUGUUGUGACAUUUUGUAUUAAGGUUGAUGUUGUACUGUGUGACAACUGAUGGAAAUAUAAAUAAAGUUUAUUUUGCUUUA